UCACCACCGCGACCUGCUUUGAACUGGCGCCCCAGCUGGUGUGCUUCCCAUUGACAAGGGGGUUCGAGAUGGCCACGUGCAGCUGUGUGCCCCUCCUCACAGGGGCACAUCUGUUACCUGGGACUCCUCCUGCCCCAUGUCACAGCAACUCUGCACCCCUGAAAGUUUGGGGGUGGAGGUGGACAUAAGCAAUUGAGAGUUGAAAUUAGAAGGGGCUGUUUGAGUGAGGGACCCUUCGUCUACAUGGAAGCUGCGCACUGCAAGAUAGAUGUCCGUGCAUUUCCCUGAACCGGCUGUUGAUGGAAAGCUAGACUUUUUUCCUGGGUACUGAUCGUGUAAUGAUCCCUAUUGCCGAUUUAAAGUGUGUGGUCUGUCUCAGAGCAGCUGUACAGUGUGUUCUCUCUGUAAAGUACAGCCUCCUGGGCCAAACCCCUGGCAGGCAGGUGCCAAGUCGCUGUGUUCCAAGAAGUGAGUAUGAAAUGCCUGGGGUGCUGGCCCUUUUCCACUGCCCCCUGUCUGGGCAGAGGAACAGCCAGAUGCUGGACCCAGUGGAAAUGGGAGGCCGGGAGGGUCUCUGGCUUUGGAGUCGGGGCCCUUGCGAGCCCACUGGGAGACACAGGUGUGGAAGAGCCAGAGCGCCGGGGAUUGCAUCCUGCCCGCGGCUUCCCUGCAGCCUCCUCUGGGCCGGGUCCCUCACCUCAACCACCCAGGUGGAAGCCAAAUUAUGUGCUGUGGAACAAGACACUUUUGAGGUCUACCUUUAUGCAACCAUAGAAAAUGAAAAAGUCUGUGUUAACGAUGAUCUGGUUGCGAAGAACUUUGCUCGUUAUGUAUCACCCAAGGAGAAUAAAAAUGUUGAUUCUGUAGAGAAACCAAGACUGAAUAUAAAGUCAACAUCCUUUUCCAGUAAACUCAAUCCUGCACUUACUCUUUGGCCAAUGUUUUUGCAAGGAAAAGAUUCUCAAGGAGUGGAAAAUUCACAUGGCUUAACUUUUCUGGCUCAGUCUCUCCAGCAUCCGUGGCCCAAGGGUGGUGUUGGUGACCUUGGCCCAAGUGCUGUGAUCCUGGAUAAAAAUAAAAAAUGUAAUAUGGAUUCAUUAAGAGAUUCACCCAAAAAGAAAUCUGAAAAGAAACAACAGCACAUCUGUUUGAAAGAUGUAAAUCAGUGUGUUGAAUCCUCAGUGUACUGGCCGACAAAGAGGGGGAUAACCAUAUAUGCUGAGCCAGAUAUACCAGCAGCAAGCGUUUUAUGUCAGAAGCCAAACGAGAAACCACUCAGGUUGGCCGAGAAGAAAGAACACAACGAGAAAAAUGGCUGUGUGAAGUUAUUGCAGUUCUUAAAUCCUGAUCCUUUGAGAACUGAUGGGCUCUCUGAUCUGCAGCAGCUGCAGAAGCUGCGGUCCAGCUCCCAGCAGCCCUUGGCUGUGCUCCGGAACAAGAUUGAGCCUUGCUUAUCCAUUGACACGUCGCCACUGUCGGCAGACCUGAGAAAGGCCCUUCAGAGGAACAAGUUCCCGGGACCUAGCCACACCGAGUCCUACUCUUGGCCUCCCAUAGCGCGGGGCUGUGACGUGGUGGUCAUCUCUCACUGUGGGAAUGAUCCUCUGCUGUACCUGCCGCCAGUGCUUACGAUUCUGCAAACGGGGGGCUGCUACAAGUCUUUACCAAGUAGAAAUGGACCUCUGGCAGUCGUCGUGUGCCCUGGGUGGAAAAAGGCCCAAUUUAUUUUCGAGUUACUGGAAGACUAUAGCAUGUCCUCCAAGCCUCUUCAUCCGGUGUUGUUAACAAUCGGACUCCACAAAGAUGAAGCCAAAAACAUGAAGCUUCCUAAGGGGUGUGACAUCAUUGUGACGACACCCCACAGCCUCCUGAGACUUCUCAAAUACCAAAGCUUGCUAUUUCUCAGACUUUGUCACCUCAUUUUGGAUGAGGUGGAAGUAUUAUUCUCUGAAGCUCAUGAAGAAAUGUUUGCCAUAUUAGAUAACUUAAAAAAAAAUGUUGAUGUUGAAGAAAGGGAAUCCGCACCUCAUCAGAUUGUUGCCGUUGGAGUUCAUUGGAGCAGACACAUAGAACAGCUGGUCAAAGACUUCAUGAAUGACCCCUACGUUGUGGUCACGGCCAUGGAAGAGGCUGCUCUCUAUGGCGGCGUCCAGCAGGUAGUGCACCUUUGCCUAGAAUGUGAAAAAACCUCUACUCUACUUCAGACUCUAGAUUUCACUCCAAGUCAAGCACAGAAGACCUUGAUCUUUACUGGUUCUGUAGCUGAAACAGAAAUAGUGUGUAAGGUAGUAGAAAGCAGUUCAAUAUUUUGCUUGAAAAUGCAUAAAGGAAUGGUUUUAAAUUUAAAAUGUAUUUUAGAACAGUGGAAGAAGAAGUUAAGUUCUGGCUCUCACCUUGUAUUAGCCCUGACUGAUGAUUGCAUACCGCUCUUGGCCAUCACCGACGCCACGUGUGUGAUUCACUUCAGCUUUCCUUCCUCACCGAAAGUUUUUGGUGGACGCCUCUACUGCAUGUCUGAUCACUUCCAGAGUUCCACCGAGCAGGGUUCUCCCGCAGAGCAGGGAGAUAAGAAAACCAAAUCUGUCUUGCUGCUGACGGAGAGAAACGCGUGCCACACGAUUGGUGUCCUGCGCUACCUGGAGCGAGCAGAUGCCAAGAUUCCCUCGGAGCUCUAUGAGUUUACCGCAGGGGUUCUGGAAGCCAAAGAAGAUAAAAAAGCCAGGAGGCCUCUUUGUUUGUAUCUUAAGGCGUUUGGUUUUUGCAAAGACAAAAGGAUCUGUCCUAAUCGACACCAUGUUAAUCCAGAAAUGGACACACCAAGGAAAUUAUCCAACCAAGCUCUACCGACGUUUGGAUACAUCAAAAUAAUACCCUUUUAUAUUUCGAAUGCAACGCAUUACUUUGGUCGUAUAGUUGAUAAACAAGUGGAUCUUUAUUCAACUCUUAAUGCUGAAAUGAAUGAGUAUUUUAAAGGUAACAGCAAUAAAACAAGUGUUGAAAAGGUGGAGAAAUUUGGAUUAUAUGGAUUAGCAGAAAAAACACUUUUCCACAGGGUUGAGGUGCUGGAGAUGAGCCAGAAGGAAGACGCCUGGGGUCCAGACCGUGUCCUUGUGAAGUUCAUAGACGAAGGCCGGACGGGACUCAUCACCAGAGACCAGCUGCUGCGUCUCCCCGAGAAGUUCCACGCUCUGCCCCCCCAGGCGGUGGAGUUUAUUGUUUGCAGAGUGAAGCCUGCCGACAACGAAGUUGAGUGGAAUCCAAAGGUUACCAGGUACAUUCAUCAUAAAAUUAUUGGAAAAUUGCACGAUGCCAAAGUGAUACUGGCUUUGGGAAAUACAGUGUGGGUCGAUCCAAUGGUGCACAUUACAAGACUUUCAAACUUGAAAACAUCUGUCAUUGAUUAUAACGUGCGUGCUGAAAUUUUGUCGAUGGGAAUGGGCGUUGACAACUCAGAGCAUACAGAACAGCUGAAGACAUUAUACGAAGGAGCUAAAAUGCCAGCUGGUGAAGGAAGCCUGAGCCAGGCCCUCGUGCCUUCUCCAGCAGAGGAUGCUGCUCGUCCGCAGAGCCCACGGCAGGACGACUCAGAAGGAGGUGCUGAUGCCCAGGCAAACCCAGAAAUCCAAAAGCAUGAAACGUUACCUGAAAACACGAGUGAUUGUUCCCGUAGCAGAACCACAGAGCCUCCGAAAAGCUUCCACCCACAAAUCAAGUGGUUCCAAAAAGACGAUGUGGUCAUACUGAAGAUAAAAAUAAGGAAUGUAAAAGAUUACAAAUGUAAAUAUUUCAGAGAUAGAGUCGUUUUCAGUGCCUGGGCCGGAGAGAAAUUCUACUUGGCCGACCUGGAGCUGCGGGCCAACAUAGUGAAAGAUGCCUGCGAGUGCACGGUUAUGAACGAGGAGCCUGUGAUCACCCUUGCAAAGGAGACGAGGGCGUCGUGGUGCAGCCUCCUCAGACAGAGGAAUCCUAAUGUGGCUUUUGAUUUCGAUCACUGGGAAGAAUGUGAAGAGGACAGCCACUUCCCCCAGGUUGCGAAUUCUAAAAAAAACCUGCCCUACAAAGUGGCAGAGGCGACCGAGAGCGGGGAGGAGCCGUCGGAGGAAGACAGGAGUGACAGCGAAUGAGUGGGAGCCCCGGCGGCACACAGACACGGGGCACGCCGUGUGGCUCGGAGCUUAGAAACGUGGCCACGCACACGCGGCUUGGCCUCCAGGGUCCACGCUGACCGGUGUCCCGCCGCGGCCCCGGGUGGGCCUGGUGAGAGGCAGGCGGAGGGGCGGGGGGCCGCUCGGACUCGGCCCACGCCCCCCCCGCCCCCACGGCCGCCUGCCUCUCACGGAGCCUGUCCCAGCACACUCACCUGGGGCAGGGGCGGGCACCGCGUGCCCCUGCACAGGUGGGUUGGCCCCCCGCCCAGACCUGGUUGGUGGCCUGCCCUAAACCGGGGUGUGCGCAUGGUUGAGGGUCCCGGCACAGACUUCACGCAGCACUGCCUCUCUUCUCGGGGGGCUGCCGGCUGCCCACGGACGGAGCACGGGGGAAAGUGGGGUUACCUCCGCGGUCCCCAGCCUGGCCCGGGCUUGUGGAGGUGCGGCCCCCGCUUCUGCAGAACCACCCGCACCUGCUCAGCCCCUGGGCCCAGGCUCCUGCUCAGUGGAAACGGAAAAGGACCUGUGGGGCCCCCGGAGGGGACUCGGGACACCUGGGCAGGUGGGAGGGUGCUGGCAGCAGCCCGAUGCCAUCUGGGGGCCAGGCCGGGGGCUACCGCGGGGUCCGAGUCCUUGGGGGAGGCCGCAGCCGUCACCACCUAACUGCGGGAGCCCCCGAGCCCGACUUGCCAAGUGACUGGGGCGUUGUAAAGGAGCGAGAUACCAACCCUGCGCCCAUCGUCAGCAGGGGCCCCGCGGCUUUGCCUGGACGCAGGAAGGAAUGGUGACCGCAGGGACCGCAGGGACCACUGGCAAGACUUUAUUCUUACGACCCAUCAGAAAGGUCACACGUCCCGAUAAGCCGCUUGCACUAAAGGUCACCUGUCCCCAGGCUGUGCCCAGAGCAGGUCGGGAUCGCACUCUGGCUCUCAGUUUCCUCAUCUGUAAAAUAGGACCUUGUUGCGUGGCCUCGCCCUGCUCCCUGCCCGGGGACGUGGCCGGGUGGGGCCCCGCGAGGGAGGUCGGCCCACGGCUACGGGUGGGAGGGCGCGCCAGGCAGCCGGGACUCCCGUGGGGGCUCGGCAGGUGUCGCGGGCGCCUGAAGUACGGGGGUGCUCGGCCUCUCUCUUGCUAACUCGGGCAGCUCUUGAGGUAGGAGGUGCCGCGGUCUUCGCUGGCAAAGGUUUGGACCUUGUGGAGCUCUUGCAGGGGCCCCAGCAGGUGUCGGCUUAUGUACCCCGAGCUCCUGCUCCCACUCGGGGAGGCCUCCUAGCUGCGGCCGGGCUGCCGAGCCCCACCGGUUGCCCGUGGCUGUUGGCCACCUGCCGCCGACGCCCGCUUAUAUUCACUCUCUUGUAAAACAUGGCAAAUAAUAAGAACAAGUAAUAGAGCUGCAGAAAUCGGGGCGGGGUGGGCGGGGGCGCAGGUUCUCCUGGGCCAGGAGUGGCGGAGCAGGGCCAGGUGUUUAAAUCUUGAUUUCUUUUUUUUCAGUGAUUUAAAUGUACCGUUUGUAGUUCUGAAUAGCAUUUAUGGGACAUACACACUGACUUGUGACAUGUAAGCAAUUAACAGGGUUUUUUGGUUCUGUUAAUACUGAUUUCACGUUUGGGGAAAAUUUCUGAAAUGCAAAGUAAAAGUACUUUUGUGUCUCUGCUUCUAAAAUUGCUCACAUAGUCAAUCGUGGUGUGAAUGUCUUGCUGGUAUAUCAAUAAAAUUUCAGUGUUUUCACAGAAA